AUAAGGUAUAUACACAGCCUUCGUUUUCUAUACAGUCUCAUAUGCUUUAAAUGCUUACUUUGACUUUGGUACUAUCUCGUUAUAUAACUGAACAUUUAAUUCCACACGCUUCAUUCUAUUUUUUAAUUGCGCGCGCCCAACUCCCCAUUUUCCUUCCGAUUAUUGAAUAUAUAUGCUUGGUGUUUGCUUGAUAUCAGAACGACAAGCAGACGAUGAGUGAACCACUACCUAUAAAAUUUCAAGAACAUGCUCAGCUGCAAAGCCUUGGCGUGAAUGCGGCUAGUAUUGGCUUCAGCACGCUCACCAUGGAGUCCGAUCGCUUCAUUUGCGUGCGUGAGCAAGCCAACAAUGCAAACCAAGUCGUCAUCAUUGACCUGGCCAAUGAUAAUCAGGUCAUGCGACGACCCAUCACAGCGGAUUCGGUUAUUAUGCAUCCGACCACCAAAGUGAUGGCGCUUAAAGCUGACCGCCAACUCCAAGUGUUCAACCUCGAAUUAAAAUCCAAGCUCAAGUCCCAUUUGAUGCAUGAAGACGUAGUGUUCUGGAAAUGGCUCGAUGUAAAGACGCUUGGUCUUGUGACCGACAAAUCCGUAUACCACUGGUCCAUUGAAGGCGAGUCCGCUCCUGUCAAGGUGUUUGACCGAAGCCAACCACUCGAAGGCUGCCAGAUUAUCAAUUAUCGCGCAUCGUCUGACCACAAGUGGUUUGUGUUGAUUGGCAUUUCUGCUCAACAAGGACGUGUUGCCGGAUCCAUGCAACUCUAUUCCAAAGAUCGCGGUGUCAGUCAAUACAUUGAGGGCCACGCAGCUGCAUUCGCCGAAUUGAAACUGGAAGACGCACCUAAUCCUACCAAGCUGUUCACCUUUGUCGUUCGCACUGCCAGUGGUGCUGCUAAACUUCAAAUCAUUGAAGUUGAUCAUCCUGAGGGUAACCCUCCUUUCCAAAAGAAGGCUGUCGAGGUUUUCUUCCCGCCAGAGGCUCAAUCAGAUUUCCCUGUCGCCAUGCAGGUUAGCCACAAGUAUGGCGUCGUGUACAUGGUCACCAAGAUGGGUUUCAUUCAUUUGUAUGAUUUGGAGACCGGGGUGUGCAUCUACAUGAACCGUAUCAGUAGCGAAACCAUCUUUGUCACUGCUGAGCAUGAGGCCAGCUCCGGCAUCAUUGGUGUCAACAAGAAGGGCCAGGUUCUUUCUGUUUCUUUGGAUGAAACCACUAUUAUCCCUUACAUCAUCAACAACUUGAACAACACCGAGCUUGCUCUUAAGCUCGCUUCUCGUGGUGGCCUUUCUGGUGCCGAUGAUUUGUACAUCCAACGCUUUAACCACCUGUUCUCGUCUGGUGCUUAUGGAGAGGCUGCUAAAGUUGCUGCCAACUCACCCAAAGGUAUCUUGCGUACAACUCAAACGAUUGAGCGUUUCCGACAAAUCCCUACGCAACAAAACCAGAUUUCACCCAUCUUGCAAUACUUUGGUAUUUUGUUGGAAAAGGGUGGUCUGAACAAGUACGAGUCAUUGGAACUUGCCAAGCCGAUUCUGACGCAGAACCGCAAGCCUUUGCUCGAGAAAUGGUUAAAGGAAGACAAGCUAGAGUGCAGUGAAGAAUUGGGUGAUUUCGUCAAGCAAUACGAUGCGACAUUGGCUACUUCUGUCUAUUUGCGCGCCAAUAUCCCUCAAAAGGUGGUCCUUUGCUUUGCUGAAAGCAAGCAGUACGACAAGCUCUUGGCUUAUACAAAGACUGUUGGUUAUACCCCGGAUUAUGUUUCUUUGUUAUACAACAUUUGUCGCACCGAUCCAGCCCAGGCUCUUGAAUUUGCCAACGGUCUUAAUGAUGAAAAUGGUCCAUUGAUUGAACCUGAAAAGGUUGCAGAUGUGUUCAUCUCUCAAAACAUGAUCAAGGAAGCUACAUCGUACUUGCUCGAUUAUCUCGGCCCCAACCGCCCUGAAGAUGCUAAUUUGCAGACUCGUGUCCUGGAAAUGAACCUGAUGCAUGCUCCUCAAGUCGCCGACGCUAUCUUGGGCCAUGGUAUGCUUACCCACUAUGAUCGUCAUUUGGUUGGCACUCUCUGCGAAAAGGCCGGCUUGUAUCAACGUGCUUUGGAGCAUUUCACCGAUAUCCACGAUAUCAAGCGUAUCAUUCCCCAUACCCACACAAUGAACGCUGAAUGGCUCGUCAAUUACUUUGGCACGCUUUCGGUUGACCAAACGUUGGACUGUCUUAAGGAAAUGCUUUCGAACAACCUCCGCCAAAACUUGCAAGUUGUUGUCCAAAUCGCCAUCAAGUACUCUGAACAAUUGCAGCCUCACAACCUGAUCGAUCUGUUCGAAUCUUACAAGUGUAAUGAAGGCUUGUACUAUUACUUGGGUUCCAUUGUCAAUGUCAGCCAGGAUCCUUUAGUACAUUUCAAGUACAUCCAGGCUUCGUGCAGAACUGGCAACGUUCGUGAAGCCGAACGCAUCUGUCGUGAAAGUAACUACUACGACGCUGAAAAAGUCAAGAACUUUUUGAAGGAAGCAAGAUUGAGCGAUCAGCUCCCACUUAUCAUCGUCUGCGACCGUUACAACUUUGUUCACGACCUUGUGCUUUACUUGUACCACAACAAUCUCCAAAACUUUAUCGAGACAUACGUCCAAAAGGUGAACCCUGCUCGUACCCCUGAAGUGAUUGGUGGUUUACUUGAUGUCGGCUGUGAUGAAGAUGUUAUCAAGAACCUUCUUUUGUCCGUCAAGGGUGACCUCCCUGUUGGCAAGCUCUGCGAAGAAGUUGAACAGCGCAACCGUCUCAAGUUGUUGUUGCCCUGGCUCAACAUGCGCGUUGCUGAUGGAUCAAAAGAUCCUGAGGUGUACAAUGCAUUGGCCAAGAUUUACAUUGAUACCAACAACAACCCUGAACCUUUCUUGAAGGAAAAUGAGUGCUAUGAUCCACGCACUAUCGGCAAGUACUGCGAAAAGCGUGAUCCUUAUCUUGCCUUCAUUUGUUACGAGAAGGGUCAGUGUGAUUAUGAGCUUAUUCAUAUCACCAAUGAAAACUCCAUGUUCAAGCACCAAGCCCGUUACCUCGUCCGUCGUCGUGACCAGCCUUUGUGGGCCUCCGUUCUUCAGGAAAACAACGAACAUCGCCGGGAAUUGAUUGAUCAGAUCGUUGCUGCUGCUUUACCCGAGUGCCAAGAUCCUGAAGAUGUCUCGGCUACUGUCAAGGCAUUCAUGGCCGCCGAUCUGCCUAACGAACUUAUCGAAUUGUUGGAAAAGAUUGUGCUUGAAAACAGCACUUUCAGUGAUUAUAAGAUUUUGCAAAACUUGCUUAUUUUCACUGCUGUCAAGGCCGAUCCUGGUCGUGUUAUGGACUAUGUGGGUCGUCUCGAUAACUUUGAUGCCUCUGAAGUUGCCGAAGUCUGUAUUGGUGAGAGCUUGUUUGAAGAAGCCUUUGCAAUCUUCAAGAAACACAAUGUCAAUGGUCACGCCAUGGACGUGCUUAUUGACAAGAUCGGCGACUUGGACCGAGCAUACGAAUUCUCCGAGCGCUGUGACCAACCCGAGGUGUGGAGCAAGCUCGCCAAGGCACAACUUGACAAUAUGCGUGUCAAGGAAUCCAUCGACUCAUACAUCCGUGCUAACGACAUGUCGAACUACAUGGAAGUGACCCGUCAUGCUGAGAUGGACGACAAAUACGAAGACUUGGUCCGCUAUCUACAAAUGGCUCGCAAGCAGUCCCGUGAACCUUACAUUGAAACCGAAUUGUUGAUUGCUUAUGCCAAGACCGACCGUCUGUCUGAUCUGGAGGACUUUAUUGCUGCACCCAACAUUGCCAACAUCCAGCAAGUCGGCGACCGCUGUUUCCAAAGCGGCUUGUUUGAGGCUGCCAAGAUCCUGUUCUCUAGCAUCUCGAACCACGGCAGUUUGGCUACAACGCUUAUUCAGCUCAAGGACUACCAGGGCGCCGUUGACUGUGCCCGCAAGGCCAACAGCACCAAGGUGUGGAAGGAAGUCAAUGCUGAAUGUAUCCUGCAGCGCGAAUUCCGUCUUGCUCAAAUCUGUGGUCUUCACAUCAUUGUCCACGCCGAAGAAUUGGAAGAACUGGUACAAGUUUACGAACGCAACGGCUACUUUGAAGAAUUGAUCCGACUUCUUGAAGCGGGUCUUGGUUUGGAACGCGCACACAUGGGCAUGUUCACCGAAUUGGCUGUGUUGUAUGCCAAGUACGCCCCUGAAAAUAUGAUGGAGCACCUCAAGCUGUUUGUCUCUCGCAUCAAUAUCCCCAAGGUCAUCAAGGCAUGCACAGACGGACACUUGUGGCGUGAAUUGGUGUUCCUGUACGUACACUAUGAUGAAUUUGACAAUGCUGUCCAGGCCAUGAUGGAUCAUGCUGCCGAUUCGUGGGAGCACUCUGCAUACAAGGAAAUUAUUGUCAAGGUAUCGAACGUUGAAUUGUACUACAAGUCACUUCGAUUCUACCUCAACGAACAGCCCACACUUUUGAACGACCUGCUUGCCGUGAUGGUCCCUCGCAUCAACCACACUCGCGUCGUUCAACUGUUUGAAAAAUCCGACAACAUUCCCUUGAUCCGAACAUACCUUGUCUCUAUCCAAGAAGUCAACAACAAGGCCGUCAACAGUGCUUUGAACGAGCUGUAUAUCGAAGAAGAAGACCACGAGACUUUGCGCGACUCGAUCGACCAGCACGACAAUAUUGAUACGCUCGACAUUGCACAGCGCCUUCAGGAGCACGAACUUCUUGAGUUCCGCCGUAUUGCAGCCCAUCUUUACAAGAAGAAUCGACGGUGGCGCCAGUCGAUCGCACUGUCAAAGCAAGACCAGCUUUUCAAGGAUGCCAUGGAGACCGCUGCAGAAUCCAAGGACGGUGAGGUUGCUGAGGAAUUGUUACAGUACUUUAUCGAAGUCGGUAAACGGGAAUGCUUUGCAGCCAUGUUGUACUCUUGCUACGAUCUGAUGCGACCCGAUGUUGUCAUGGAGCUUUCAUGGAGACACGGUUUGAAGGAUUUCGCUAUGCCAUAUAUGAUCAACACUAUGCGAGAGCAAUUUACAAAGAUUGAUGUCUUGGGCAAGGAUGUGGAACAACUCAAGGAGAAGAUGGCAAAACAAGAGGAAAAUGAUGAAGCAGCAGCAGCAGCGCCUGCAUUAGGAGCACCUGGUAUGGGCAAUCCAUUGAUGCUGACGGCCGGUAAUACGAUGCCACAACAAUCGCCCAUGAUGACUGGAGCAACAACAAUUCAACUUCGAACGUGCGCCGACUACCGGAGAAUCCCAUCUCAAUCAUACUUCUUGUAG